CUUUAGUGUGGGUCGAAAAAUACUGCAUUCGUACUUUUUGCAAUUACCACUAUCGCGCUGAGUCAGUGACGUAUGCGUUUCAAGGUGUUGUCAAGCAAGGACAAAGUACUGAAAUCUUCAUACAAAUACUGAGCUUCAUCAUCCAUCGUUAUCAUUAUCUUCAGUCAUCUUUUCUUCCACUACAACAUGUCGUCUCCUAAAGUCGCAAUCAUCAUUUACUCCAUGUACGGCCACAUCGCCAAGUUGGCCGAGGCUGUCAAGGCUGGUGUCGAAUCUGCCGGAGGAUCCGUCACCAUUUACCAGAUCGCUGAAACAUUACCCGAGGAAGUCCUCGUAAAGAUGCAUGCUGCCCCAAAGCCGAGUUAUCCUAUCCUCGCACCAAGCGAACUUGCUAGCUUUGACGCCUUUAUCUUCGGUGUUCCUACCCGUUAUGGCAACUUCCCCGCACAGUGGAAGGCUUUCUGGGACGCAACUGGUGGAUUGUGGCUCAGUGGUGCUUUGGCCGGCAAAUUCGCCAGUGUCUUCGUUUCUACCGGCACUCCAGGUGGAGGACAGGAAGCUACCAUCAUCAACUCCCUCUCCACUCUCGCUCACCACGGGAUUAUCUAUGUUCCCUUGGGUUACAAAAACACAUUCGCGCAACUCGCUAACAUGACCGAAGUUCGCGGUGGUUCCCCUUGGGGUGCAGGCACCUACGCUGGGCCUGAUGGCUCGCGCCAGCCUUCAGCUCUUGAACUAGAGCUCGGUACUCUCCAAGGCAAGGGCUUCUGGGAAAUCGUUUCCAAGUACAAAUUCUAGGUCAUUCAUAAAACAGACAUACAGCACUUCAGAAACUUCAUCAUGAUUGUAAUAGUUACAUGUGUAGAACAGAAAUCAAAUUUGGCAUGAAUCAUCA